AUGCAUUGGACUUCUCUUCUCGCCUUGACGGCGCUUGCCGAGGCCGCGCCUCAGUUCGGUGGUGGCGGUGGUCUUACCAUGUUGCGAUUCGGAUGCACCCAGGUCGUCAUUGACCGCCUUGACCCCCUCGUCAAUCCAGGCCAACUCCCCUCUACCCACGUCCACCAGAUCGUUGGAGGAAACGGCUUCAACGCCUCCAUGACCACUGGUGAUGUGUCGGAGACCGCGACGUGCACCACCUGCCAGUUCGCCGACGACUUCUCCAACUACUGGACCGCGAACUUGUACUUCAAGGCUAGGAACGGCACCUUCAAGCGUGUGCCUCAGUUCGGCAGCCCACUUCAAUUUGGUGACCAAUUCAGUACCCAGACCAACGGUGGUAUCCUGGUAUACUACGUCUCUGCUCAGCCUGGCAAGAUUACUGCCUUUGCUCCUGGUUUCCGUAUGCUCGUCGGCGACCCGGCCGACCGUGAGAGGCCCGCUAGCCUGAAGAGGCAAAACUGUUUCCGAUGCUACACCGGUCCCAACCACGGUGGUGAUGUCGGCGCUCCUUGCCAGGAUGCCGCCCACGACCACGAUGCCUUGCCCAACAAGGUCUGCCCCGGUGGCAUCCGAUCCAACGUUCUCUUCCCUACCUGCUGGGACGGCAAGAACCUCGACACCCCCAACCACAAGGACCACGUUGCGUACCCCGUUAACGGUCCCGCCACUUUCCUCAGCCUUGGCGGUAACUGCCCUGAUACUCACCCCGUUCGCAUCCCUCAACUCAUGUACGAAGUCAACUGGGACACUUCCGGCUUCAACGACCAGUCUCAGUGGCCCGAGGAUGGCUCCCAGCCCUUCGUGCUCUCUAUGGGUGACCCAACGGGCUUCGGCCAGCACGCCGAUUACGUUUUCGGCUGGAAGGACAAGUCGCUCCAGUCGGCCAUGGACACUUCCGGCUGCUUCGGCGCCCAGUGCGCUAACCUCAGGAGGCAGAGCAUCGACCAAGCCAGGUCUUGCACUGUUCCCACUCUUGUCAACGAGGAUGUUGACGGCUGGCUCACCACUCUCCCUGGCGUUGACGUCGUCGCUUAA